GUUAGUAUUUAUGGUGGUUAUUGUCGGGCUGAUGGUGCCGCUGACUGCUGGGCCCAGGGUUGCUGGCUACCACCACCGCAUCAAGGAGACCUUUGUGCGACGUACAGUUUUGCUUGCUCUUAACGCGUUCUUUUUUUUUUAUUGCCCUUGCAGGCAGACGGCCCACCUGAUGGUGAGUUGUUACCGUCGCCCAUGGUCUUCAGCAAUGCCAGGGGCAGAGCCAAGCCGCUGCCUACCGCUUAAUACUCUCCACAAGCCUCGUUUGAAGAAGGACAUGUCAUAGCGCUCGGGAAACACCGUGGAGGGGAGCUCAUUCCAUAGCCGGAUGGUACGUGGCAAAAAAGACCUCUGGAAACCCACUACGGAUGACCGCAGUGGCUCCAGGUAGUAUGGAUGAACUCUACUCCGGUGGCGGGCGGUGAGUGCUCAAAAUCAAAAUAUACCGUACUAGCGACCCGCCCUCGCUUCGCUUCGGAAACAUUAAAUUUUAUAAUUGAUAGCCGAGUCCCGAGAUGUUACCCGCGGUUAUUGUCUAUCGCGGGUGACACCGCGGGUGACACCGCGGGGCGAAGCACAUUAGAAACCUCAAAAAUAACAGUAUUUCUCCACUAUUUAAUGGAUGUUAUUAUACAUAUAAACCUUCCUCUUCAAUCAUUCUAUCUAUUAAAAAAAACCGUAUCAAAAUCCGUUGCGUAGUUUUAAAGAUUUAAGCACACAUAGGGAUAUAAGGCGAAUUUACAUUACGAAAUUAGUAGCGUGAAAUUAAUUUCGUGACAUUAGUUUUACCAACAGUUUCACGUGUAAUUUAAUACUUUCGUAAUGCAUGCAUUAAUUUCAUGCAUGCAAAUUAGUUUCGUGCCCUGUGCGAUUUUUUGGUGAAAUUAAUGUCAUGAACUAAUUUCAUAGUGUAGACUGUAGACGCGACGUGAAACUAAUGUCGCGAAAGCGCCUGCGCUGUGCGGACGUGUGUAUUGUUAGUUCGGACGCGCUUCAAGUGUUGAAAAUGGCAAACCAACGAUGGAGUACAGAAAAAAAUAUACAAUUCAUUAAUGAAUAUCAGCGACAAGAGUGUCUCUGGGACCCGAAACACCUACAAUAUAAAAAUAGGCAUGCCCGAGAUGCGGCCUACAAAAUAAUUAUGGAAGCAAUGGAGAUGCAAUAUGUCAAAGAAGUUGUUAGUAAAAUACGAUCACUUCGAAAUACUUACAACAAUGAGUUGUUAAAGGCAAAAAAAUCUAAUACUACGGGUAUGGCAACCAAUGAUCUGUAUAUUUCUAAAAUUCCUUGGCUGUGUCGUUUGGAUUUCUUGAAAAAUAUUGACAGUUACACGAGAGAAAAUACAGAAAAUGUGGCACCAAAUACCCAGGCAGCUUCUACUUCAGAAUCUGAGAGCCAAGAUUUUACCGUACCAUCCAUACCUACAAAAAAGAAAAGAAAAAUAAAAGAUCCUCCUCUAUUGCAGGCAGUAGAUGCAUUAGAAAAAGUUUCAACGCAGCACUUUUCAAAUGAUGAAUUUGAUCUUUUUGGACAAACUAUUAUAGCUCAACAGCUACGGCAACUUCCUUUAGAAAUUGCUUUGAAAACAGAGGAAAUAAUUUUGUCAACAGUCCGAAAGCAACGAAUCAAAUUAGCAAAACAAUAGACAUCAGCUCAACAAGUUCGCCUUCCAACUUUAUCCUCGGAACCCAAUACUUUUGCUUCUACCAGUGACAACGAGUAUCCUUAUGAUGAGGACUACGAUGUACUCGCACGGGCUGUGGCAAGCUUUCAUGAUACAUCUAUGCCGAAGUCCGAAUAGAGUUAUGAUCAAUAUUAAUUUUUAAAUAUCCUAAGAUGACACCCUGAAUUCGUAUGAUAAAGACUUAAAACUAUUUCCAGAUGCUAACAAGCGCAGCGUAAUUUGAAGUUUAAGUUUUGCCAGUAACGCUUCUCGACAUAUCGUAUCUUGUUUAGAUAUUAUGUUGGACACUCUUGUCAGUAAAAAAUUAAAAUUAUCUUGACUCAUUCUAUAAUAGUUUUUAUAGCUCUCAGGAUUUUCAUGUGCUAAUUCAGAGACUAACUUCAUUGCACCUAAAUUUCUUGUUAACCAUCCUCGAAUCCACCGUAUUUUUUUUCUUGAUUGUCUUUUUUUAAGUUUAUCUAAAAGCAUUUCUUUAGCUACAUUGAAUAUAGCAAAAUAUAGCUUUGGUGCUGACGGCGUCAUGGUUACUGCGAUACUGUGGAUUUCGCGACAUUAAUUUUUUUACGAAAUUACUUUCGCAUAUAUCGAAACUACUUUCGUGAAACUGAGUUCAACAUGCAUGACACUAAUUUCGUAAUGUAAACUCCGCAAUAGGGACAGAGAAAGCGACUUUGUUUUAUACUAUGUAGUGAUAUUUCAAGCUAUAAAGUGAAUGUUUUCUCAAUUUAUGGUUCUUGUAAUAAAGGGAAUUCUAGUUUAGGGUCACAUGAUGGUCAGAUGGUCAGAUAGAGAUGAUGACCAUGUGUGAAUUAUUAAGAUCCUCAAGACUACACCAUAUUAUUUCUUUUAUUGCUUAUUUGGGUGGACGAGCUCACAGCCCACCUGGUGUUAAGUGGUUACUCGAGCCCAUAGACAUGUACAACGUAAAUGCGCCACCCACCUUGAGAUAUAAGUUCUAAGUUCUCAGUAUAAUUACAACGGCUGCCCCAUCAAACCGAAACGCAUUACUGCUUCAUGGCAGAAAUAGGCUAGAUAGUAGUAGUAGUACCUACCCGUGCGGACGCACAAGAGGUCCUACCACCAGUAAAAAUAGAAUAGAUUCGAAAUGGAGUUUAAUUUUUUUUCAAAUACCCGCCGCAUGUGGAAAUGAAAAUUGCCGACAGAGGCAUCUCCGCGCCUCGUCAGAGCGUUGACCCCACGCCUCAGACGUAUUUCUUUACGUACAAGAUAAUUUCUUUUUUCAUAUUUCAAAAAAUCAUCAUUUCUAGUAACUUCACUUUUAAAAAAAGAAGAGGUUUUUAUUUCAAAUUGUUUUUAACUAUUGAUUGUCUAGGCAAAAAGUAAUUCAUCGUAAUUUUCAACCGACUUUGAAGAAGUUCGAUUAUCUUGAAAUUUUACAGACUCAUCAAGAAGCGAUGAGAACACAAUAAUUUUUGUAGCUUUAGUUUGAAAUAUAGAGACGAAUCACAUUAAUAAAAUUGCCUUGCUAUUUAAGAAUGUGUAGCGCGUAACAUUCGGUUGCACUCGGGCGUCAUCGGAUGCGAUCGGAGUUCCCGAACGCGCAGGUGUCCCGUGACGUCACGCGACGAGAUUCGCGCGCGUCGAUUUUUAUAAGUAGAUUGUAAAAAAAAAAAAACAUAAUUUUAUGUUUCAAUUCGUAUCUUGUAGUG